GCUCUCGGGGCCGGCGGGCGGCGAUGGAGCGGGGCGGUAGCGCGGAGCCGCCGAGCACCGCGGCCCCUCGGGCGGCUGCCCGCGGCCCCUGAGCGCCGGCAGGAGGAGGAGGAGGAGGAGGAAGAGGAAGGCCGGGGGAGCCAGCAGAGCGCGGCCAUGGAGGAGUGGCGGCAGUGCGGCCGCUGGCUCAUCGACUGCAAAGUUUUGCCCCCGAACCACCGGGUGGUCUGGCCCUCGGCCGUGGUGUUCGACCUGGCGCAGGCGCUGCGGGACGGGGUGCUGCUGUGCCAGCUGCUGCACAACCUGUCCCCCGGCUCCAUCGACCUCAAGGACAUCAACUUCAGGCCGCAGAUGUCCCAGUUUCUGUGUUUGAAGAACAUCCGGACCUUCCUGAAGGUGUGCCACGACAAGUUUGGGCUGAGGAACAGCGACCUCUUUGACCCCUUUGACCUCUUUGACGUGCGGGAUUUCGGGAAGGUGAUCUCUGCAGUGUCCAGGCUCUCCUUCCACAGCAUUGCUCAAACCAAAGGAAUUAGGCCCUUCCCUUCGGAGGAGACCACGGAGAAUGACGAUGACGUGUACCGGAGCUUGGAGGAGCUGGCAGACGAACACGACCUGGGGGAGGACAUCUACGACUGCGUCCCCUGCGAGGAUGAGGGCGAUGAUAUCUACGAGGAUAUCAUCAGAGUGGAGGUUCAGCAGCCCAUGAAAAUGGGAAUGACAGAAGAUGACAAAAGGAAUUGCUGUUUGCUAGAAAUCCAAGAAACUGAAGCCAAAUACUACAAAACCCUUGAAGAUAUAGAAAAGAACUACAUGAACCCCCUGAGGCUGGUGCUGACUCCCCAAGACAUGGAAGCUAUUUUUAUCAAUUUGGAGGACCUCAUUAAAGUGCACUUCAGUUUCCUGAGAGCCAUCGAUGUCUCCAUGAUGUCUGGAGGAAGCAGCCUGGCAAAAGUGUUCCUGGAGUUCAAAGAGAGGCUGCUGAUUUAUGGCAAGUACUGCAGCCACAUGGAGUAUGCCCAGAACACCCUGAACCACCUCCUUGCCAACCGGGAGGACGUGAGGCAGAAGGUGGAGGAAUGCACACUAAAGGUCCAGGAUGGGAAAUUCAAGUUGCAAGAUCUGCUGGUGGUUCCAAUGCAGAGAGUUUUGAAGUAUCACCUCCUGUUAAAAGAGCUGCUCAGCCAUUCCUCAGACCGGCCAGAGAAGCAGCAGCUGAAGGAGGCUCUGGAGGCAAUGCAGGACUUGGCCAUGUACAUCAAUGAAGUCAAGAGGGACAAAGAGACUUUGAAGAAAAUAAGUGAAUUUCAGAGCUCUAUAGAAAACCUGCAAGUGAAGCUGGAGGAGUUUGGGAGGCCGAAGAUCGACGGGGAGCUCAAGGUGCGCUCCAUAGUGAACCACACCAAGCAGGACAGGUAUUUAUUUUUGUUUGAUAAAGUGGUGAUUGUCUGCAAGAGGAAAGGAUACAAUUAUGAGCUGAAGGAAAUUAUUGAGCUGCUCUUCCACAAGAUGACUGAUGACCCCAUGAAUAACAAGGACAUUAAGAAGUGGUCCUAUGGCUUCUACCUGAUCCACCUGCAGGGAAAACAGGGCUUCCAGUUCUUCUGCAAGACUGAGGAGAUGAAGAGGAAGUGGAUGGAGCAGUUUGAAAUGGCCAUGUCCAACAUCAAGCCAGAGAAAGCCAACGCAAAUCACCACAACUUCCAGAUGUACACAUUUGAAAAGACAACCAACUGCAAAGCCUGCAGGAUGUUCCUGAGAGGAACCUUCUACCAGGGCUAUCUUUGCCCCAAGUGUGGAGCAGGUGCUCACAAGGAGUGCUUGGAGAUUAUUCCUCCCUGCAAGAUGGGUUCCUCAGCAGACCAGGAUUCACUGGGUGCAGGACCUGGUCCUAAAAUGGUGGCUGUUCAGAAUUACCAUGGAAACCCAGCCCCUCCUGGGAAGCCAGUGCUGACCUUUCAGAUUGGGGACGUGAUGGAGCUGCUCAGGGGGGACCCCGACUCACCGUGGUGGGAGGGGAGGCUGCUGCAGACGAAGAAGUCGGGUUAUUUCCCCAGCUCCUCAGUGAAACCCUGCCCCGUGGAUGCCAGGCCCCCCAGCAGCCGGCCGCCCUCGCGGGAGAUCGACUACACAGCCUACCCGUGGUUUGCAGGGAACAUGGAGAGGCAUCAGACAGACAACCUGCUCAAGUCCCACGUCAGUGGCACCUACCUGAUCCGGGAGCGGCCGGCUGAGGCCGAGCGCUUCGCCAUCAGUAUUAAGUUCAACGAGGAGGUGAAGCACAUCAAGGUGGUGGAGAAGGACAACUGGAUCCACAUCACGGAGGCCAAGAAGUUUGAGAGCUUGCUGGAGCUGGUUGAGUACUACCAGAGCCACUCCCUGAAGGAGAGCUUCAAGCAGCUGGACACAACUCUGAAAUACCCCUACAAAUCCCGGGAGCGCUCUACCUCCAGGACCUUCACCCGCUCCCCAGUGUUCACCCCCCGGGUCAUAGGCACGGCCGUGGCACGGUACAACUUCGCGGCGCGGGACAUGCGGGAGCUGUCGCUGCGCGAGGGGGACGUGGUGAAGAUCUACAGCAGGAUUGGAGGGGACCAGGGAUGGUGGAAGGGGGAGACCAACGGAAGGGUGGGCUGGUUUCCCUCGACCUACGUGGAGGAGGAGGGCGUGCAGUGACCGCGGCCGUGGCCGCUGGAAGUCGUCGAGCGCCCGGAGCCAGCAGCUGCAGCCUGAGCACACUGUCCCCGUGCUGGACACCUCCCAGGACUGGCCUUGCAGUCCCUCAGGACCCCCUCUCUGUGCAGGCUGCCCCGGCCUGGCCCCUGUUCCGUGUACAGAAGAUUGCUGGGCUGUGGGAUGGCGCCGGCGGAGAGCCCCGGGAGAGCCGCGCUCUCCCCGAUGGACAGAGCUCAGAGACUCUGGGUGCCCAGCAGGGCCUGGGCACUGCACCCCUCCUGUGGCAGGGGGUUCUAAAAGCCACCCCGGGGAUGCUGGAGGGAGGGUGAGGCUGGAGGUUUUGUGCCUGGGUGAGAAUUUGGGGCGUUUCAGGGGAGGGAGCCCCAAGGAGGCAAUGCAGACCCCCUGCCACAGCACUCGGGGGGGUCCCCAGGUCAGGAUUUUGGCAGUGGCCCUGGCAGCCAUGGGCAGCACUGUGCUGUGACCAGGGUGAAGGGCAGGGUGGGGACACCUGGCCUGGGAGGAGGAGAGGGCUGUGGCCAUUGGAAGUGGACCUCCAGGUCAGCCAGGAGGGGAAAGAGCCAUUUUGGCACCCCCGAGGCCAUUUUCUUUACAGUCACCUCAGUCCCACCAGCCUUGCUGCAGGCAGGGGGGUGCCCAGGGAGCAGACUGGUCCCACUGGUGAGCAGGAGGUCCCAGUGCAUUGCAGGACUGGAGAUGUGCUCCACACAAGGGUUUCAGAGGCCACCAAGGCACCAGGUACAUGCAGAGGAUGUGUCUGUGGGUCUGUCCUCCCCAAGCCAGGCUGAUUUUCCUUGCAGCUGUGACCAUUCCCACCUUAUGAGCUCAGGGUGAACCCACCUGUAUAAGGGCUACGGUAUCAAGUCCUGAAUCCUGUCCCUGAGCUGUGAAAGCAUCUCCUCUUCCCAGCUGUGUGCACUUUUGGGGGCUGGCAGUGUUGCCCCCCACUCUUCCUCUUCCUCCCACAGGCUGUUCCUGCUGCUGCUGUCAAGUAAAGGUCCGUGUGUUGUGACAUUCCCAGUGUCCUGAGCACCCUCUGUCCUUCCCAAAGUGCAAAUACAAACAAAAUACACGUGUGGGAGCGUGGCAGGGAGCAGCUCCCCUGUCUCUGAGCCCCAGGAGCUGCCUCUCUGAAUACCUGGCAUUUUGAGCUGGUGCUUCCAUGCCCUGCUGCUGUUCCCCUGGGAUUUGGGGUGGUCCUGCUGUGGGAUCCUGCUGCCAGUCUGGGAGGUGCCAGUGCUGGCUGGGUGAGCAGUGGUGCUGCCCUCAGUCCCUGCCAUGGGGGUCUGCAAACAGAGCAGCAGAACCGUGUUUGGGGUAAGAAAUGGAAGAGUUUGGAUCUCUCAGUGAUGCUAACUUGGGAAUUACAUGCUGCUGCUCAGUGACAAGCCCAGAGCCACCCUGCUUUGCUCCCUGUUCCUCCUGGAGCUCUGGGAGUGCCCCCACUCGUGGGGUGUGAGGUGGGUGCAGCAGGGUCCGGCCAGGGCCAUGGGGGUGACAGGGACAGGGGGGGCUCAGGGCAUUCCCAAGGUACUGUUUGGUGCUAACCCCUCCCAGCCAGCCCCUCCAUGCUCAGUUUGAGGGCAGCAGCCGGCAGGGAGCUGACAAUUCCCUGCCCUGUGCAGAGCAGAGGGUCCCAUUGCCAUUGCAGAGGCUGUGCUGGAGCUGAGGGGACAUUUUGGGUGGGUGGGACACACCAACUCCUGAUGGCUCCCGGUCUGCCUCACAUCCCAAAGCCUUACAGCCCCUCCUGUUCAACGUGGCCAAUUUUGUAAGGUGGCAAGGGCAUCACCUUGGGAGAGCACAGCUCUGUCCCAGGGAGCAGGGCCCCUGUGUCCCUUACACCCCAAAGGGACCCCAAAGGGACCCCCACCCUCUGCCUGCCCUGCCAAACCCCCUCCCCCAGAGAGCUCUCCCUCUUGUGUUUACUGGUGUAAGAAACUUGUUAAAAAAGAGAUUGUUCUGUUUGUAAGUAAUUAUUCAGCCAUUUGCCACAAAUAUAUCUGUGAAUAAGAAAGGGAAAUGUUUUUUAUGAUGGCGAGAAAAUUGGAUGUAUUAUUUUAGGUCGUCGCAGAUAAUUUGGAAUUGCAAUGGGAUAAGUUGGAAAAUAAUAUGUAAAUUCCUUGGGUUUUUCCUUUGCACUGCACUAACUGGGGUAGGGUGGAGGGGGUUUAAAGAUAAAACUGUUUGUUUAAUGGAAUAGUUUAUAGCUGGGAAUUUGGAAAUCAUUUGGAAUAGCUUGUAAUGCUGGAAUAGAAACUUUAGCUGCUACUUAGAAACCCUUUUGCAUGUGGUUUUUCCAGGCCUUUUUAAGUUACAAUUCAUCAAAGUAAAUUCCCCAACGGAAAAAAACCAAAAUAAAGUGUAAUUUUGCUGAUA